AUGGCUAAGCGUAACGUUCGCAAGCCCACCGAAGCCUUCCAUAUGACUACCCGCAAGCGCUCCAGAGCCGGCAACGAAACUUCUCAGGCCUCAACUGCUUCUGAAUCGGCCAGCGAUUACCAAAUCUCAACUGCUCCUUCGUCACUGUCUUCAGCCGCUCUGCAAGAGUCAAAUUCUCAGAGCAACAGUGAGCCCAUUCAACCAGAGCCGUCUGCGAAGCAGCAGACCAGCUCGCUUUUGUCUUCAAAGGUGCUUCCAGGCUCGUCUUUGACCGUAUUGAAGGCUGUCCCACCACCAAAUGCAUCUACAAAGCGUCGAACUCGCUCUUCAGCCAUUCCAGCUUCAGAGGACAACUUCUUGCAACGUCUCGAGAACGUCGAGCAAGCUAAAGUGGACAGUAACACACAAGGUAUCUCUUCAGAGAAGCCAUCACUGAGAGAACAGACUCCAGAAGCUCCGCAAGACGAUGUGCAGGACCGCCCAGCCAAGAAAAGAUGCACUCGAUCGUCCACCGUCCCAGCUCUGCAGCAGUCUGAUUCUACGAAUACAGCUUCUACUAACCAGCUUGAAAAGACUUCUACGAAGCCAUCAGAGUCUUCCCAAGAGCCUCGUAUCUCAGAACCGUUCGACACCAGUUCUGCUGAGCCGUUCGAAAGGCAAUUGAAUCCUGCUAUGCAAAACAAUCCCGCCAGCGAUGUGCCAGAGUCGACCUCAGAAGGCUUACCUCAGGCUUCCAACUUGGCUUCAUCCAAGUCUACGAUUGAAGAGCUGGCUGAUACUGUGCCUGUCGAGACAACUGCAAGAAGGAUGACUCGCGCUGCCAAGCUAGCCAUGCAGGAUCCUUCCAUCAGCAAGCAGCCAGCUUGGGCUCCUAAGAAAAGAUGUCUCCUCCCCACUGUUACCGAUGAUCCGAACCGACUUCUCAAGAAGCAGAAGACCAGCCCUUCAGAAGCCGAAACACAGGAUAGCGAUCAGAAGUCCGAAACGCUUCUCGAACCCAUGUCGCCCGACGGUCCUUGGCGAAUCAAUAAGCUCAGAGGUUAUGCCGAUCGUCGGUAUUGGCCAAAUCUCUACAGGCCAAAUCCUAGGACUGGAAAAGUGAGCGGCAACAUGAAGCCGGCCAUUUACUACGCAGCCGAUGGUGAGACCAGAUGGAACAGAAGAGAUGAAGAUGCUCGCGAGCGAGAGCGAGGGCGUGAACGCGAACGAGAACGUGAACGCGAUCGUUCGAACAACUCUGGUCGAGGCCGCGGCCGAGGCCGAGGAAGAGGACGUGGAGGUCGAGGUCGAGGUGGUGGCCCCGGUCGUGGUGCUCCUGGCAGGCGUCCUGGUGACGAUUCUCCAGAACCUCCACGCCAUCGAAACCUCACUCCUGACCAAGAGGACAGCGUCAAGAAGCUAAAGGCUCGACAAGCCGAACUCAAACGCUUCUUUCACAUUGUUGGCUCUCAGCAAGCCGAGAUCCUCGAUCAGAUGGCCAUGCGUGAUCUACAGAAGCUCAUGAAAAAGCCAAAGGCUCACAAAUCCGUGCCUGAAUUCGAUGCUUUGACCGAAGAGCUUCGAGCCAAGAUGGACGCCACAGAGCAACAGAUCCGCGACGACUACAAAAUCAAAGCCCAAUACGAAAAGGACAUAUUUGAGAAGAGAAAAGAGGUUCAGGAGAUGCAAUUCCAGCAGCUCUACAGAAACCUUCGAACUGAGCACUUGCAAGGCGCACAAGGCGACAUUGCAUUGCUGAAGAAAGCCUACGCCAAUUCCGCGGAUGAUACGCGUACCGAGUCCGGUUCCGAGCUCGACUUCUUUCCACGCUAUCAUGAGAUGCCGGAAGCCAAUGUUCGUGUUCGUGGCUACAGUUCCCUCAUUGACGAUGAAAAGCCAUUCCGAGAGGGUCUUGAGUCGUAUGAUGUGCAAGAUGUCAUCGAUGAGGAGAUCACAGGUCCCAUGCGGCGCGCGCUUGAUGAGGAGAACCGUAAGCAGCGUGAAGAAAUUGAGGCGAAGUUUGUCAACGACCACAAAGGCUUGAAAGAGCUUUCCGAUGAAUGCAUCAAGCAGCUCGAAGAGAUCCAAGGCUACCUCAUUCCCCGGCCACUCGAGGCCAAGGAAUUCAGUGCAUAUGCUCUCUCCGCACUUGCCGACGUCGCCGACUACGUUGCACAGCAGCAUCCUCACAAAAUGUAUCAGUACAUGCCACUGGCUCCGGGAGAUACUUUCCCUCGACAGGCUCUGGAAUUCGGUCCUUUGCCAGGUCCUGGUCGUCGUUUGGCUCCUGCACUUGGUCAACCACCCCCACCUCCACCGGUUCCACCUCAACCUGUAUCAACUCCCCCGCGGCUGUCCCGGCGCAGAAGGAGGUCUCCUCCAGCAGCUUCACCUCUACGUCCGCAGUUGAACCUUCAGACGUCUGUCAAUGGAGCAAAUCACUCGUCGCAACCGUCAUCGUUACCAACAACGCCUGCGUCAAUUCUGCCAGCCCCUAUUGUGUCUUCUGGUCCAGGCCAGCCCAUUGCGCCUGCACCUCCACGUGCAGCAGCCACUGCGGCUCCAGCACAGCCAGCCACAUUCCGUCACUCGUCGUAUUCCAUUCCACCUUUGGGGCCUCACACGGCACCGAGCCCGUCACCACGCUCCGCUGGUCCAACCGCUCAAUACAUCUUCCAGCCACCACAGCAGGCACAACCCCAACCCGCUGCUUCUAGCGGCUGGGGUCCGCCCGGCCCUCGCCCUCCUGCAUCUGCAGGCUCGCCCGGUCCCGGCACAACGACGAGCUUCCCUGUGCAUGGCCCCUAUUCUACUGGUCCAUCGCCGACCACCUUCAGCGGCUUUGCUGGCACUCAGCCCAGCACCCCUGCCGGCGGUGUGGCGCUCGGUAGCCACCAUCAAGGCAAGAUCCCGGUGCAGUUCAUCAACAACACACCAGCUAGUACCAAGGAGAAGGCAGCGAGGAAGGCGGAGAGGAGAAGAAUGGAGGAGGAGGAGAGAGAUAGACGUGGUCGCGAGAGGGAGCGCGAUGAUAGAGAUAGGCAGGGCAGCGGCCAGAGUGAGGUCGGCGGGCAGAGGGUGUUGUUGCCAAAGCCAUGA